UCCACACACACCUCUUCGAAAACCCUAACCAGAUAAACCCUAAUCAAGCCAUGGUUGUAGAGCUUCUACUUGUGUCUCUCCUCCUUUCUCCGAUUGUCGUCUCCGGCUACAAGUCGGAAGACGUGAAAUCAUGGUGUAGCCAAACACCCUACCCUCAACCUUGUGAGUAUUUUCUGAGCCAUAAACCUGACCAUUCUCCUAUCAAACAAAAGUCCGACUUUCUCAAAAUAUCGAUGCAGCUGGCAUUGGAACGUGCCCUUAGGGCCGAAAGUAACACCUAUUCGCUUGGCUCAAAGUGCCGAAACGAGCUCGAAAAGACUGCAUGGAGUGACUGUCUUAAGCUCUAUGAGUACACCAUUCUUAGGCUUAACAAAACUGUUGAUCCCAACACAAAGUGCAGCCAAGUUGACUCUCAAACAUGGCUCAGCACUGCCCUAACAAACCUCGAAACCUGCCAAGCCGGGUUCGUCGAGCUCGGUGUCUCGGACUAUCUCUUGCCCUUGAUGUCCAACAACGUUUCCAAGCUCAUCAGCAACACUCUAUCACUCAACAAGGUCCCAUACACUGAGCCUAGCUACAAAGAGGGGUUCCCAACUUGGGUCAAGCCUGGUGACCGGAAGCUUUUGCAGUCAUCUUCUCCGUCUUCACAGGCAAAUAUCGUGGUGGCAAAGGAUGGUUCCGGUGAUUACACAACGAUAACAGCAGCAGUAUCGGCCGCGUCGAAGCGAUCGGGGACUGGAAGGUACGUGAUAUAUGUGAAGGCAGGGACAUACAAUGAGAAUAUUGAGAUUGGAGCUAAAUUGAAGAAUAUCAUGCUGUUGGGUGACGGUAUCGGAAAGACCAUCAUCACCGGAAGCAAGAGCGUCGGAGGAGGCUCCACCACCUUCAAUUCAGCCACCGUUGCUGCGGUUGGAGAUGGAUUCAUCGGUCGAGGGCUGACGAUCCGCAACACUGCCGGAGCAGCAAAGCAACAGGCAGUGGCUCUCCGGUCGGGGUCCGAUCUCUCGGUGUUCUACCAGUGCAGCUUUGAAGGGUACCAAGACACUCUCUACGUCCACUCCGAGAGGCAAUUCUACAGAGAAUGUGACAUCUACGGAACAGUAGAUUUCAUUUUCGGCAAUGCUGCAGUUGUGCUACAAAACUGUAACAUUUAUCCCCGCAACCCUCCCAACAAGACUAACACAAUCACUGCCCAAGGAAGGACCGAUCCCAACCAAAAUACCGGAAUUUCAAUCCACAAUUGUAAGGUUACUGCUGCCUCAGACCUUAAAUCGGUCCAAAGCUCGGUGAAGACAUACCUUGGACGUCCAUGGAAGGAGUACUCACGGACCGUCUUCAUGAAGACGUACCUCGAUAGCCUAAUCAACCCUGCAGGGUGGAUGGAAUGGAGUGGUAACUUUGCCCUAAAGACACUAUACUAUGGUGAAUACAUGAACACCGGUCCUGGUUCAUCGACAUCGAAUAGGGUAAAUUGGGCUGGUUACCAUGUUAUAACAAGUUCAUCGGAAGCGUCAAAGUUCACCGUUGGAAACUUCAUCGCAGGCAACUCUUGGUUGCCGGCAACCAACGUGCCUUUCACCUCCGGCCUUUGAAUUGCUCCAUUUCAAUCAUAAGGGGAUCAUUCAUGAGAAAAAUAAGUUGGUGGGGUGUCCCAACAAUUAAUACCCUAGAAGAAUAAUUGGAAAAUAUAUUGUAUCAAUCUAUGUACCAUAAUGCAACUCCAAAUGGGUUGUCAUUAUUCUUUGUUGAUUGUUCUAAGCAUAAUAUCUAAUGAAAUUAUUUUAUUAUAA